UGCAUGAGAGUAGAUAUCAUUCCGUCCACAACUUGCUGCAAACCAUAAACAGCUCUCUACAUCGAAGUACUACCAAGAUAUCAAUCAAGAUGCAAGGACAUACAGUCCAUCGUGCAGGAAUACUGGUACUGUUGCUUGGCUUAGUGCUGCUUGUUGGAGUCAAAUCAGCAUCAWUUCGGUCUAACCGUGUGCGCAGGACAAUACCUUCCAGGCCUUUACUGAUAGGCUACUGGGGACAGAACGGUGCAGGACCUCGAUUUGGUCCAGCAAACUAUGAAAGACCUUUAACAUGGUUUUGUCAAAACUCACAGUAUGACAUUAUUAACCUGGCAUUCCUCGUCACAUUUUUUGAUACAAGAAAUAGAGACUCGCUCCCAGGACUUAACUUUGCUUAUCAUUGUGGUGGCGGAGUUUCUCCUCAACAUCCAUUCUUGCUUCGUUGUCCUGGAAUUGAAGAAGGCAUCAGAAACUGUCAACAAAACAGAAAAAAAGUUCUUAUUUCUCUUGGUGGUUCAGCUGGCAAUACAAUAUUAAACAGCAGAGAUCAGGCUGUUCAAUUUGCCAACACUUUAUGGCAAUUGUUCCUCGGUGGAAAUGAUGCUAACAUGAGAGAUCUUAGGCCCUUUGGAACUACAAUACUUGACGGAAUCGACCUCAACAUAGAGGGUGGAAGUCAUCAAUACUUUCCAGAUCUCAUUAGAGAGCUGCGCCGACUAAUGGCAAGCGACUCGUUGAAGUCGUACCUGAUGACUUCAGCUCCACAAUGUCCUCAUCCUGAUCGCUGGCUGGGACCUCAGAAACCAGGAACAGCUCUGGAAGAUGCUGGAGAAUUGACAAACUAUACUUUCAUACAGUUCUAUAAUAACCCGUGUUGGACAGGAGCUGGACAAGAUUUUCAGACGUCUCUAAAUCAAUGGCUAUCGUUUUCCAGUAGGAAAAAUAUUGGUAUCAUGAUUGGCCUACCAGCACAUCCAAGCGCUUCGUCACAAACACGAUAUCAUCGUACUGUUGAUGAUUUGAGAACCCUUUAUGAACAAAUUAGGAACAGAGCUGGUGUCAGCGGUAUAAUGCUGUGGGAUUGCUCUUGGGACCAAAAUAAUCUGGUAAAUGGAAGAAUGUAUAGCGAACAUGUUCGAGAAAUCCUUGAUGCUAUUCCUACUCAACCACCUACUCCCACACAACCAUCCACUACUACGCAGUCAACAACCACACCACCAUCCCCUAGCACGACUCCAGCCAUGACCAAAGUACCUACGACCACACCACCACCCGUUAACACGACCACACCACCACUACCACCUGACACCACAACUACUCCAUCACCACUGCCCGACACCACAACUACUCAGCCAUCAAGUCCAGGAACCACGAUUGGACCAACAGUUCCAGCUAUAUUCUGUCAAGGAAAAGCAUGGAGAGAUUACCAACAUCCUUUCGAUUGCACAAGAUUCAUCUCAUGCGCUCCUAAUGGCAUGUACAUACGAAGUUGCCCUGCUGGUUUGAGGUUCAAUCCUCGGUAUCUCGUGUGUGACUGGCCUCAAAACGUACCUUGUUAACCAAGACACCAUUCUUAUUAAUGUUCUUUAAAUAAUCCUUUCUUUUAGUUAAAUAAUAAAUAAAUGGAAUUAAACCUUGGAAAAAACAACAGCAAGCACAGUCACAAACUAGAAAAAAUAGGUAGUAAAAAACAAAGAAAGCCAAGAAAAAAUACAAAUCAGUCCAAGUUAAAUAUACGUGAAAAAUGGUAAAUAUGAUUUUGCUGAGGAUCUGUGAUCGUUGUCAUAAUUGAUAAAACCACACUAAUAAUAUUGUUAAGAAAACGCAUGGUGAAGGAA